AUGCUCAGAUCAGCGCUGGGCCUUAUCUUCACGUUGACCUUGGCUACUAUUGUGCCUGCCAGCUUCGAUCUAGCGCGUCGCGGAAUACCUCCGAGUUUAUUGGACGAUUUCAAUUUGUUCGCUCAAUAUGCUGCUCUAGCAGGAUGCGAUCAGAACAACAACAAAACUAGAGAUGGAAAGCCACUAGUCUGUGACCCAGGGUUUGGCCUAUGUGAUCUCGUUUCACACAAUAAUACCAAUAUUACCAUGUCCUUCCACAGUAAAACUGGCCCAACAGGAUACGUCGCCUUGAACCACGACCAAAAGCGUAUCAUUCUAUCAUUCCGUGGUUCGGUAUCUCGAUCGGAUUGGAAAACGGAUAGAGACGCCUUUCACAAAACAUCCAUCCCCAAGAUUUGCACCAAUUGCUAUGCCCAUCACGGAUUUUGGAAUUACUGGCAACAAGUCGCCAAUAAUGUUACCGAACUGCUGAACAACACCGUCAUUGAUUAUCCAGACUAUAAACUGGACAUAGUGGGUCACAGCCUGGGUGGUGCCCUUGCGACCCUGGCGGGAACUGAGCUUCAGGCCAAAGGCUUCCCCCAUCUGCGAAUCUGGACUUUCGGAAGCCCUAAAGUCGGAAACUUUAAGCUCGCCGAGUUCAUAACCAACAAAAUAUCCAACAUCUACAGAGUGACCCAUGCCUCGGACCCUGUCCCGCUACAGCCCGGUUUAUGGGAUUGGAGUCACCCUUCACCCGAAUACUGGAUUAAUCAACCCACUAACGAACAACUUAAUGUUACUGCGGAUGUGGUGGAGGUUAUCUAUGGGAUUGAUAGCGAAGAUGGCAAUACUGGUCAACAUGGCAGUCUCCGCAAGAAUACUGCCGAUCAUUUGUGGUAUUUUCAGGCCAUGGGUGUGUGCAAGCAACCAGCGGAUUUUGACCCUGACUAUGGGUUUGGCGACGGAGAUGGUGAGCUUUAA